CUUCAAGGAAAAUGAACCCCACGCUGGGCCUGGCUAUUUUUCUGGCUGUUCUCCUCACUGUGAAAGGUCUUCUGAAGCCGAGCUUCUCACCAAGGAAUUAUAAAGCUUUGAGCCAGGCCCAAGGGUGGAAGGAAAGGAAGGCAGCCAAGGAGCUUACAAGGCAGAACAUGGAUUUUGGCUUUAAGCUUCUCAAGAAGCUGGCCUCCAACAGCCCUGGCAGGAAUAUCAUGCUAUCCCCCUUGAGUAUCUCUACAGCUUUCUCCUUGCUGUGCCUGGGUGCCCAGGACAGCACCCUGGAUGAGAUCAAGCAGGGGUUCAACUUCAGAAAGAUCCCAGAAAAAGAUCUUCAUGAGGGCUUCCAUUACAUCAUCCACGAGCUGAACCAGAAGACCCAGGACCUCAAAGUGAGCAUCGGGAACACGCUGUUCAUUGACCGGGGGCUGCAGCCCCAGCGUAAGUUUUUGGAAGAUGCCGAGAACUUUUACGGUGCAGAAACCAUCCUUACCAACUUUCAGAAUUUGAAAAUUACUCAGAAGCAGAUCAAUGACUUUAUCAGUAAUAAAACCUAUGGGAAAAUUAACAACCUGAUAGAGAAUAUAGACCCUGGCACUGUGAUGCUUCUUACAAAUUAUAUUUUCUUCCGAGCCAGGUGGCAACAUGAGUUUGAUCCAAAUGUAACUAAAGAGGAAGAUUUCUUUCUGGAGAAAAACAGUUCAGUCAAGGUGCCCAUGAUGUUCCAUAGUGGCAUGUACCAAGUUGGCUAUGAUGAUAAGCUCUCUUGCACCAUCCUGGAAAUACCCUACCAUAAAAAUAUCACAGCCAUCUUCCUCCUUCCUGAUGAGGGCAAGCUGAAGCACUUGGAGAAAGGCUUGCAGGUGGACACUUUCUCCAGAUGGAAAACGUUACUGUCACGCAGGGUCGUAGAUGUGUCUGUGCCCAGACUCCACAUGACGGGCACCUUCGACCUGAAGAAGACUCUCUCCUACAUGGGUAUCUCCAAAAUCUUUGAGGAGCAUGGUGAUCUCACCAAGAUCGCCCCUUGUCGCAACCUGAAAGUCGGCGAGGCUGUGCACAAGGCUGAGCUGAAGAUGGAUGAGAGGGGUACGGAGGGGGCCGCUGGCACCGGAGCACAGACUCUGCCCAUGGAGACACCACUCGUCGUCAAGAUAGACAGACCCUAUCUGCUGCUGAUUUACAGCCAGAAAAUACCUUCCGUGCUCUUCCUGGGAAAGAUUGUUAACCCUAUUGGAAAAUAAAGGAGAAUUCCUGCUUGCCGCAGACCCCG